CGGCGGCAUCGUACUCCUCCCAUUCGGCCUCGGGCACGCCGCAGUUUCCCCUGCCGCGACCCUACUCCGGUUCCUCCCUACCGGCGAACUCCGCCUACGGCCACCACUCGCCCUCCCGCAAUCAUCAUCCAUCCGGUCGACUCGACGGCUACCUCUCGCCCAAGCGGGAGGCCGACUCGCCGUACCCCGUGGGCGGUCCCGCCGUCGCCGGGUACCCGUCCGCCAUCGUGCGAGAACCCCGACGCGCCUCCCCCCCAAAGGAAACGAAACCCGCCCGAGCCGCCGAUCCGAUGUCGUUCGCCAGCAUCCUGUCCGGUCCGGCGGAGGAACGUUCCCCACCCAAGAGGCCCUCCCCGCUCCCCGACACCGCCCCGCAGGCGACCGCCCCCGCGCCGGCGCCGGCGCCCCCCACUCCCGCCGCGGCCGCGACACCCCCGGCGGUCAAAGAGGUGGAAACCACCCCGGCGCCCCGGCCGGAGAAGAAGACCCCCGCGGAGCGCCGCCGCCGGAACGCCGACAAGAAGGCGGCCGAUGCCGCCGCGACCAACGGCGCGCCGGGAUCCCACAUUACCUACCCCACCCGGCCCCGCAAGAUGCUCUCCGAACGUGACAUGGAAGCGGUGAACCGUGCCUUGGCCGACAUCGACCAUGCGGACAAGAGUGACGUCGAGAGCCCCGGGUUCGAGGCCGAACAGGAACGCUACACCCUCAAGGGCAAGAAGCGUGCCUUUGGGGCCGAGAAGGCCGAGAAUAUCCGACGCAAGCGCCGUCGCCACGAUUUCCUGGUCCGGCUGGGCAAAACCUUUGAAAAGCAAGCCGCCCUGGGCAUGGACCGGUUCCGCCUCGCCAACGAAUCCUCCGUCAUCGCCGAGGUCCAGGCUAAGGAGGUCCAGGACGAGAAGGAGCGCAAGAAGGACAUGCAGCGCAAGCGCCGGCGGGAGAACACGGUGCGCCUGGAGAUGCAGAAGAAGCUGGAGGCGGAGCGCAAGGCCCACAAGGCCCAAGACUCCGCCGAGAAGGCCAAAUUCCUGCGCGAGGCUGAGCGCGCCCAGCGGAAGAUCAAGACCACCAAACGCGCCCUGGAGGGCGUCACGGCUCCCGAGGAGAUCGGCGAGGUCACUCCGCUGGCCCCCAACCUCGAGGGCGGCACCACCAGCUCUUUCCACAUCGGCCGCAGUUCCCCGUCUCGCCGCAAGUCCGGCCGCAGCGGAAACUCUAGCCGACCCAAGAAGUCCAAGGAGCAGAAGCAAGCCGAGAAGGAUGCCGCCGAGGCCGCCUACGCCGCCAUGGAGAACGACGAACCCCUGCCGCUCGCGCCCAAGGAAGCCGCUGCCGCCGCUGCCGCCGCCCCUCGCAAGGACGCGCUCAAGAAGGAAGCCAAGGGCGGCCUCUCGAAGGAAUCCACCCCUGUGCCCGUCUCCGCCUACGAGACCAAGGGUUACAAUCAGAUCUACGAACAGAUCUGGCGCGACAUCGCCCGCAAGGACAUCCCCAAGGUCUACCGGGUCAAGGCCAUCUCCCUCAGCACCCGCCAGGAGAACCUGCGCAAGACCGCCCAGUUGGCCAGCAAGCAAUCCCGCAAGUGGCAGGAACGCACCAACAAGAGCAUGAAGGACACCCAGGCCCGCGCCAAGCGCACCAUGCGCGAGAUGAUGUCCUUCUGGAAGCGCAACGAGCGCGAGGAGCGCGACCUCCGCCGUCUCGCCGAGAAACAGGAGAUCGAGUCGGCCAAGAAGGCCGAGGCCGAGCGCGAGGCCAACCGCCAGCGCCGCAAGCUCAACUUCCUCAUCUCCCAGACCGAGCUGUACUCCCAUUUCAUCGGGCGCAAGAUCCAGGGCGUCGACGACGCGGAGGGCGAGACGGCUGGGGAGAGCGGCGGCAGUGGCGCCGCCGGUGCUGGUGCUGGUGCUGGCGCCCCGUCCGGACCAGAGGGCCAGGUCACCAGUUUCGAGGAUCUCGAUUUUGACGCCGAGGACGAGUCCGCCCUACAGGCCGCGGCGCGGGCCAACGCGCAGAACGCCGUCCAGCAGGCCCAGGACCGGGCGCGGGCCUUCAACGAGCAGGAUCCGAUGGCGACGAUGGACGAGGGCGAGUUGAACUUCCAGAACCCCACCAGUCUCGGAGACAUCGAGAUCUCGCAGCCGAACAUGCUCAACGCCAAGCUGAAGGAGUACCAGCUCAAGGGCCUGAACUGGCUCGUCAACCUGUACGAGCAAGGCAUCAACGGCAUCCUGGCCGACGAGAUGGGCCUGGGCAAGACGAUCCAGUCCAUCUCCGUGAUGGCGUACCUGGCCGAGGUCCACAACAUCUGGGGCCCCUUCCUCGUCAUCGCCCCGGCGUCGACCCUGCACAACUGGCAGCAGGAGAUCACCAAGUUCGUGCCCAACAUCAAGGUCCUGCCGUACUGGGGAUCAGCCAAGGACCGCAAGAUCCUCCGCAAGUUCUGGGACCGCAAGCACAUCACCUACACCAAGGAGUCCGAGUUCCACGUGCUGGUGACCUCGUACCAGCUGGUCGUGCUGGACGCGCAGUACUUCCAAAAGGUGAAGUGGCAGUACAUGAUCCUGGACGAGGCCCAGGCCAUCAAGUCCUCCCAGAGCUCCCGGUGGAAGAACCUGCUGGGCUUCUCCUGCCGGAACCGGCUCCUCCUGACGGGGACGCCGAUCCAGAACAACAUGCAGGAGCUGUGGGCCCUGCUCCACUUCAUCAUGCCCACGCUGUUCGACUCGCACGACGAGUUCAGCGAGUGGUUCUCCAAGGACAUCGAGUCCCACGCCCAGAGCAACACCAAGCUGAACGAGGACCAGCUGAAGCGGCUCCACAUGAUCCUCAAGCCCUUCAUGCUGCGCCGUGUCAAGAAACACGUGCAGCAGGAGCUCGGCGACAAGGUCGAGAAGGACAUCUUCUGCGACCUCACCUACCGCCAGAGGGCCUACUACACCAACCUGCGGAACCGCGUCAGCAUCAUGGACCUGAUCGAGAAGGCCGCGGUGGGCGACGAGGCCGACAGCACCACCCUGAUGAACCUCGUGAUGCAGUUCCGCAAGGUCUGCAACCACCCGGACCUGUUCGAGCGCGCCGAGACCAAGUCACCCUUCUCCACCGCCUUCUUCGCCGAGACCGCGUCGUUCGUCCGGGAGGGGUCCUUUGUCGACGUCGGGUACUCGACGCGCAACCUCAUCGAAUACCCGCUCCCGCGGCUCCUGUGCAGCUCGGCGGGGCGGCUGGACGUCGCCGGCCCCGACAACGUGCACGCCGGGUUCCGGGGCCGGUACCUGGCCCACCUGAUGAACGUCUUCGCCCCCGAGCACAUCCGGCAGAGCGUGGCGGAGGACGGCGCGUUUGCGUUUCUGCGGUUUGCGGACACCUCCGUGGGCGAGGCGGCCACGCUCGCGCGGCUCGGCGUGUUUGAGCGCGCCGUCCGCCGCCGGGGCCAGCCCCCCCACCACCAUCACGACCGCUUGGCCCGCCUGCAGAUUGCCUACGACGCGGACGAGGCGGACGAGACCACCGCCACCACCCUCCUUCCCCACACGCUCUUCAACAUCGUCGAGCGGAACGACCCCCGCGCCGUGCAGGAGAUCCUCCCCGAGGGGUGCAUGGGGGCCCUCAUGUCCGUGUCCCAGUCGAGCUUUGCCCGCGAGGGCCUCGGCACCAUCGAGCCGUGCGCCAGUCCGGCGGCCUCGGCGCCGCCGAUCGUCCUCUCGUCGUCCAGCAGCGCGACCCAGCAGGAGAUGCGGGACCGCCUCCUGUUCCCCAUCUCCGUCCGGCACGCGCUCUACAGCACGCCAUCGCGCGAGGUGGAGGCGCAGAUCCUGGAGCAGCGGGUGGACCCGGCCCCCUACGCGGUGGCGCCGAUGCUGCCGGCGCCGCUGUCGACCAAGGGCCGCUACACGCACAUCGAGGUGCCGUCGAUGCGGCGGUUCGUCACGGACUCGGGCAAGUUGGCCAAGCUGGACGAGCUGCUGCGGGAGCUGAAGGCGGGCGGGCACCGGGUGCUGCUCUACUUCCAGAUGACGCGGAUGAUCGACCUCAUGGAGGAGUACCUGACGUACCGCAACUACAAGUACUGCCGGCUGGACGGCAGCACGAAGCUGGAGGACCGGCGCGACACGGUGGCGGACUUCCAGCAGCGGUCCGACAUCUUCGUCUUUCUGCUGUCGACGCGGGCGGGUGGUCUGGGCAUCAACCUGACGGCGGCCGACACGGUGAUCUUCUACGACUCGGACUGGAACCCGACGAUCGACUCGCAGGCGAUGGACCGGGCGCACCGACUGGGCCAGACGCGGCAGGUGACGGUGUACCGGCUGAUCACGCGGGGCACGAUCGAGGAGCGGAUCCGCAAGCGGGCGCUGCAGAAGGAGGAGGUGCAGCGGGUGGUGAUCUCGGGCGGCGCGGCGGGCGGCGUGGAUUUCAACACGCGGAACCGCGAGAGCCGGACCAAGGACAUUGCGCUGUGGCUGGCGGACGACGAGCAGGCGGAGCUCAUCGAGCAAAAGGAGAAGGAGGCGCUGGACCGGGGCGAGGUGUUUGGAGCGGCCAAGGCUGGCAAGAAGGCGGCGCAGAAGCGGAAGAAGGACGUGACGAUGGACGAACUGUACCACGAGGGUGGGUUUUCCUUUCCCAUCUUUCCGCAUUGCAAGUAUACAGACUGAUCAUUUGUACAGGCGAAGGCAACUUCGACGAUGCCAGCGCGAAGCCGUCAGGUGCGGUGACGCCGGUGUCAGAGACGGUGGGCACGCCGUCGUCGACGCCCGUGCCCAAACGCGGCCGCGGAGGGACAGGCAAGGGUUCC